GAUGCAUGCUUUCAGGAUUCUCUGAUUUAAUGUUUUUCCCAGACUGCUGCCUUUGACGUCACAAGAGUCAGGACUGUGUGUUUUUGUGCCAAUUCUCAUCUCUUGUGUCAUUUUCCUAAAGAUCUGGAGUGAUUCAUCACAUCUCUCAAACCCCCCUAAAGUCCCCCAGCAUCUAGGGAAAUGGGUAUCCAGAUCUCAGUUACACUCAUUAAAUCUAACGUGACUCUAAUUGAGCUGUACCCCCUUCAACUUCACUUUCUCCUGGUCAAUAUUAAUAGAUAUGUACCUAUAUGAUCAUCCUGAAGCUGUGCUAUGUGGGUGAUGAAGGUCUCAGAACUAAUUUGGCAGGGAAACAUUGAUGACAGACUGUCUGUGGGUGACUAGGCUUGAAUUUCAGGCCUGUUUUGUGACUGUAAAGCGAUACGCCCUCCUCCCAUUCUACUUUCUUGCACCCUAAACAUGUCUGAUGUCUUUAAUUUCAAGUUUUUCCACAAAACUAAACCCAAAUCUUCUCAGAAGCCAUUGUGACUGUGGGCCUUUCCUUCGCUCUUGGAUGUUUUCUGAAUUUUCCCUUAAUAUAUGCAAGAGAGAAUUAAAUCAUUACUUAAUUAAUAAGAGAAAACAACAGAGCAGUUUAUAUCAAGAUGCAUACAUGUGUUACUCAGGACUAAAUAUUAAAACACCCGCAUAACAACAUGCAUCUCUCCUCCCACAAGCACCAAUUGUUUUUUUUUUGUUUUUUUAAAGGGAGGACUUGCAAUUGUGUGUGUGUAACAGCACAGGUCCACAGUGACAGGAGGUGCUUAAAUAUUAAAGGCUCUGGGAAAGCACACCAUUGUUUGCCCUCCAUUUCAGAGAGGCAGUUGUGGUUGGUUGAGAAAGAGAGAGAGAGAGAGAGCAAACGGCAACAGAGACGGAGAUCGUGCUACUGGGAACUGCAAGGACUACUUCAAGGAAAGCAACAGAGGGUGCACUCGAGUGUUAAACUAUCUGACAGAGGAUGUGAAGCAUGGAGAAACCAAGACAGAGUCGGCUGUAAAAUGUUGACAGAAGUUGGACUUUUGGUACUUUAAAGAUGGAUGGAAUGACAAGCGGAACGACAGAACCUCAGGAGACCGACGGCACACAGAACAGACACAAGGAUGAAGUGGACAGGGUCUCGGGUGAAGAUGGGCCUGUGUCUGAGGCUCCUGUGGAAGGAGACGUGGAGGCUGGAGCACAAAACUCCAGGGACAGCCGUAAACUGGACUGCAUCAUCUGCUACAGUGUGUAUAAUCUGGGAGAGAGACUCCCCCGCAAACUCUACUGUGGUCACACGUUCUGCCAGACCUGUCUGAAGCGGCUGGACACCCUCAUCAAUGACCAGAUGUGGAUCCCCUGUCCUCAGUGCCGGCAGAACACUCCUCUACCUCGCGGGGGCGCCACUGGUCUAGACCUAGACCUGGCAGCUUUUCUGGGUGUUAAAGCUGAAGUGGAGAACCAGCGAACCUACAGCCAGAAAGCACCACUGGAGACCAAGCCCUCCUUUAUAAAGCAGCCAAUCACAGAUCAGCCCCCCUCAGCGUGGGCCAAUGUGGCAGUGGCAGAUCAUCGCUUCCACAGAAGCCCUUGUUGCAAACACUGUCUGCUCUGCUGCUGGUGGUGCUAGAUUCACGUACAUUACGUACAAAAACAUUUGACAG